CAUAAUUUUCGUAAACGUAUUAUUGUAAUUCAAUGUUUUUUUCUUAAUUAUGUCAAUAUUUGAUUAUUUAAUUGAUCUUGCAAAUGGUCGCGUAUUAGAUUGUUGGCGAAACAGCAAAUUCCCUACAGUAAAUGCUGCUUUCUUCCGAGAAUCAGAUCCAUGUAAGAAAAAUGAUGGUUCAGUGAGCGAAAGAGUAAUUUGUAAAAAUGAACAAGGCGAACAGGUGGAUUGUCCUUAUGAUGACGAAAUAGAUGACGGUGAAAAAUCAUGCGGAUUCCUGUGUUUCGAGGGAUUCGGCUUAGGAGACGGAAUGGCUUCCCCGUACUAUGCUGAUCUUGGAAAGAAGGCCAAUGAUGUCUUCAGCAAAGGCUACCACUUCGGAGUGUUCAAACUAGACCUGAAGACCAAGAGCGAAUCAGGUGUUGAGUUCUCCAGUGGUAUCACCUCCAACCAAGAGAGCGGAAAGGUAAGCAAGGUGUUUGGUAGCCUUUCAUCCAAAUAUGCAGUGAAGGACUAUGGCCUUACAUUCACUGAGAAGUGGAACACAGACAACACACUGGCCACUGACAUUACCAUCCAAGACAAAAUUGCCGCCGGACUUAAAAUUACACUCGAAGGAACCUUUGCACCUCAGACCGGAACCAAGACUGGUAAAUUGAAGACCUCAUUUGCCAAUGAGACUGUGGCUGUCAACACCAACUUGGACUUGGACCUUGCUGGUCCCAUUGUCGAUGUAGCCGCUGUUCUCAACUACCAGGGCUGGCUUGCUGGUGUCCACGGACAGUUUGACUCACAGAAGGCUAAGUUCUCCAAGAACAACUUUGCCCUUGGCUACCAGUCAAAGGACUUCAGCCUACACACCAAUGUCGACAAUGGAAAGGAAUUCGGCGGCUCCAUCUACCAGAAGGUGUCGGAAAAGAUCGACUGCGGUAUUAGCAUGAAGUGGACCGCAGGCUCUGCUGACACACUAUUCGGUGUCGGCGCUAAGUUCGCGCUGGACGCGGACGCGUCGCUGCACGCCAAGAUCAACAACAAAUCUCUCAUUGGUCUUGGUUACCAGCAGAAGCUUCGCCCAGGCGUGGUUCUGACGCUGUCGGCGGCCAUCGACGGCCAGAACUUCAAUGCUGGUGGACACAAAGUCGGCGUCGCCCUCGAGCUCGAGCCCUAAGCACUCGGAGGCAGUUCGGCUUUUAGUCUUGUAGAUAAUACAUGAUGCCACAUUGACUGUUAUAUAAUAAUAACAGAAAAGGAAGCGUAACUAGAAAAUCAAUUUAAUAAACAGUAUCUUCAAGCAUUCUCUGUAUAGUGUAUUUGAGCGUUCAAAACGCAACAAUAAAAUUGUCAUACACCUAUCAACUUUGUCUCUGUCGCAAAAGCGAGUCACCGCCGUCAAUCAUUUAUUACUUAUACUAUAUCAAGACGGCGGACACGCUUAUUUCCUCGAAAUGUUAUUAUUAGAGUUCUUAUGUAUUAUGUAUUAGCACGCGGCGUAUAAGCAUCCCUGUUUUGCUAAAUAAUAAUGAACCUAAAUAACUACACCCAGCUGUCUGUAAGCGUGUAAAUAAGCACCUAUGGUGCCAUCCUAUUGAUUGAAUGGUAAUAAAAAUGAAUAGUCGGUUGGAAUCAG